AAAAGAGAAAAAUGCUGAAUACGAAUUCAGAGUGCGAUCUUGUCUCGAUCUUGUGGGGCGAACUGUAUGUAUCGGCUGCGGUUCUUUUGUGCGUGGGCCGGGGGAUGGGAAGCGGAUAAAUGAUUGUGUUUUUUUUGUGAGGAUAUUUUUUUUUGCUCGAGCUUAGGGUCAAAAUGUAUGUACCAUUGUUGCUAAGCUGUUUGGCUUUAAGCUAUGCCUUGCCUCAAUCCAAUUAUGCAGACCAAGCCAACAAUAUAGGGUAUAUAGGCGAGGGGUUGCCUCCGGAAGCGACUUUAGGUGGUAAAGUCACUCAGCUGGAUGACCUAAGUCCCGAAAUCAAGCUAAAUAAAACUAAAGCUGAUUUGAACUGUGCUGCUGGAUCUAUGCAAAUCGAUAUGAAGUUCUUAGAGCCAUUUUAUGGUACAGUCUAUGCAGAUUUUGAUAGAAACUCAGCUUGCCAAGUGACAGGAAAAGGCGACCUUAAAUAUGCGCUUGAGUUGCCUUUGAAAGGGUGUGGAACUAAACAGGAUCCACAACGAGUGUUCACAAACAACAUAGUGGUGAGAUUUCAUCCCGGUUUAGAAAUGGACGGCGACGAAAUUAUCACUUUAGUAUGCCGUUACCCGCCGCCUAUAGUAAUGGAGCCUGAAACUCAACUAUUCAGGCACGAAGAGAUAGUAGCCCCAAGAGAAGCCAACCCCCUUUCACCGUUGCCAGUACUUUUAAUAAUUUGCGGCAUAUUAUUCUUGUCGUUAUUCCUUCUUGGAUUAGCCGCCUCCUAUUUAUGUUUGAGACGUAGACCGGUUACCGUUAUCCGCAGCAUGACCCCAUCUGAAAGCGACAUUGAGAAACUUAGCGAAAGCUCAAUAGCUUUGGCCCCGAUACACGAUUCCUCCGGUUCCGAAUAUCCUGGCGAAUCACACUCGGAAAUUGAGGAACACGCAGUUAUUCACGACAAUGCCAGUUUUUCAAGUGACGGUUAUGGAUACACUCAGGAGCAACAAGUUGAACAAGUCACUGCCGUUCCAAGGACUGUUUCUAGGUUACCUGUUGCUAUUAGAGAAGACUCUCCUAGGUUCGAUGUCCAAGUGAAAGUUAAACGACUCUCACCUGCACCUUCCGUACUCAGCAGCAAGAGUUCAGAAGCGAGCAUUAAUUUGCCUCCGUCUAUUAGGGAGGAGAUAUUUGAGGAGGAAGAGCCUAUUGAGGUCAUACCCUCGCCUAUGCCUCUGGUACAUCAUCCUGAGAUCACUCAGCAUUAUGUUGAUGAUGUAUAUUUGAGGACUAUUAGAGAAAAGAAAAUCAUCGAAGAUAUCGAAAGACAAAAGCGCCAAGUAACCGAAUAUCAUACGAAACCGAAGCCACUGCCGCCUCCGCAACAUUGGGAUGUUACUAUUAAAAAUUACCCGAUCAAGCCGCAACCACCGCAAUGGGAAGACUUUUCGGAUGUUUCUUCGAUUUCCGGUCUGACCCUAACUCCAAAAUCCCAACGUUUCAUGAGCCUCCCGCCCCAACCCCAAAUCGACGACAAUAAAAUACCAUUAAGCGCUCCCGAGCUGGUUGGUAAUUUAUCACUACAACCACCACCACCACCCACUCAUAGGGUAAGAUUUGUCUCACCACCACCAUCGGACCGUAGAGUGGUGACUACCGAUCAAACCACUCUGAGAACCGAAACAGCAAAAGAACUCACCGAUAAAGAAGAGUGGUUGAGGGUGUUUAAUAUACCCAAAGAAAAUCCUGAAGUGCCAAACUGGAACGUUCUUAUCAGAGUGUUGCAGCCCAUUGAGCCUGAAGAUAGCCACGUAAUCGAAACGGCCGAAACGUUUAAUUCUCAGCUGACUAUGACCGAUAGGAUGAAGUGGAGGCAGAUUAUUACUACCGAGUCCACUUUGAGAACGUUGUUGACAGAAGCUACAGUUCGAGAUGAUUAUGAAAGAAUCAGUAGGGAUAGCAGGUUUGAGCAUAUUUAUGAACCACCCAAAUGGGAUGUUAUUAUUAGGAUUUUGAGCCCCGAGGAUAUUGGUCCAGACCAAAAAUAUUACUUCCCAAGACGCGGCAGCUUGCCAACACUCGUCGAAUACGAUUCAGACGACGCAAGUAGCAUCAGAGAACCGCAUUUGUACCCAAAUUCAAUAUUUAGACGAUCUCUACAUAAGAGCGAGGCAGACUUACGCUCGAUGACAGAAAUGACGGUGGAUUUUGGUAGAUCUUAUCAUAGGAGCAGCGGUAGGAGCCAAACAGUACCCGAUUCGCCUUAUUUAUCUUUGCAUCGGUCUUUAAGCCAACCGAGUCUGGGAAGAUCGAUUUCUGAGUUUACUGAGAGACCAGACAGAUGGGUAUUGCAAGAUAUCCCGAGUGAAUAUGCAGGUACGCCUGAGCAAACGCCGCAAUUACAAAGAAGCCCCAAACUAAAAACUUUCCAGUUGCCGAGGAUAAGGUUAGAUAGUGGAUCGUCGAGUAAAGACGGGCAAGCAGAAAGUGCCUGGCAAACUUUUGAAUCCAGCAGAGUGGCUCAGACCCCAGGUGGGACAACCACUCAAGAAGUAAGAAGAGAAGUCCAUGGGACCACGAGGGCCAAGUGGGCUAAGCCAAGCCAGCCCGGAUCGAAAGGCUGGUUUCCGGAUAGCGGAAGCGAAAGCAGUUUUAAAUAAAUACUCUUAAAAUAAAUAAUUAAUAAACUUACUAACUUAUGUGAUACUUUUGCCGAGAACUAACUGUGAUAACAAUACUAGUUGAAUAAACUAGUUUAGUAACGAUCCUUUUAAUAAACACUUUCUUGGUGUAUUGUGUAAUAAGUUUUUUUGGAAUUUUUUGUAUAAGAAACUGAAAUAUUGUUCUUCAAGUUAUUGAGAAAUUGCUCACACUUUACGGCUUAUAUCUAAAUAUUUUGGGAGUAUUAAAAACUGUACAGGCAUUGUCAAUAAAGCAGCAACUAAAAAUUAAA